AGCUGGACACGAGGAAUAGCAUCAUGCAACUAACGGUGGGUCUGGUGCUAGCGGCAGUGGCGUGCGCGGUGUCGGCCGAGGGGGGUCACUCCGUGGCGAAGAGAGGCCUGCAGGGCCUGGGCCACGCCUCCAGCUACAGCAGCCAGAGCCUACACUCGGGGUCCUCCCACGGCGGCUACGGCGGCUACGGCAGCUACGGCGGCUACGGCAGCUACGGCGGCUACGGCGGCUACGGCGGCCUGGGCGGCUACGGCCUCGGCAAAGCCUCCAGCUACAGCAGCCACGUCCUGCACUCCGGGCCUUCGUACGGCGGCUACGGGAGCUACGGCGGCUACGGGAGCUACGGCGGCCACGGGAGCUACGGCGGUCUGGGCUACGGCAAGGCCACCAGCUACAGCAACCUGUACCAGCACUCCGGGCCCGCCGUCUCCUAUGGCCUGAGCUACGGCCAUGGCUACGGCUCCGGACACGGAAUCGGCCACUACUAGUAUUGGCCACUACUAUGAUUGUCCACUUCUACGUUUGGCCACCACUACGAUUGUCCACUACUAGUUUUGGCCACUACUAAGAUUGUCUAAUACUAUGAUUGGCCAAUACUAUGAUUGGUUACAACUGUGAUUGCCCACUACUAUGUUUAUCCACAACUAUGAUUGGCCACUACUAUGUAUGUUUAUCCACAACUAUGAUAGGCCACUACUAGGAUUCGCAACGUAUGAAUGAUUGACGUGAUACGGUGUCCCAACUGAGUUAAACCAUGCACUCAAUAUUUUAUUGAUAUUUUCACCCAUAAAACAAAAAAAAACACACACACACAUUUUAAAUAAACAUUGUUUUUUGAUAUUAUUUCUCAACUUCUUUAGUUUUUUGUUUAAUGUUUAGACACUUUACCAUCGCUUUUUACGAAUGUUAAAAUUUUUCCAUGAGAAACGUUUUAAUUGAAAAAUAAAUAAAAUUUUCGUAAUACUAAUUAUAUCUCUAUUUUCUGUGACUCUAGAGAAUAUUUUAAUAUUUUUAAAUAUGUACAUUGUGUAAAUAGUGUAAUAAAAUUUUGUACAACAAAAGGAAAA